AUUAUUCUGUACUAAGUAUAAGUACUUUAAAAUGAAAGCUCAGUUAAUUUUGCUAUUUAUUACCCUGGUCGUUGGCACAGCUACUAGUGUCAAAGAUUGGUGGGAAAAUGGAAAUUUUUAUCAAAUUUAUCCACGCUCAUUUAAGGACAGUGAUGGAGAUGGAAUUGGUGAUUUAAACGGUGUCACUGAAAAACUUCAAUACCUUAAGGAUAUUGGAAUCACCGCAGCUUGGCUUUCACCUAUAUUUCAAUCUCCAAUGGAAGAUUUCGGUUACGAUAUUUCGGAUUAUUAUAAAAUUCAGGAAGAAUAUGGCACAGUUGAUGAUUUUGAAAAACUUUUAAACAAAGCUAAGGAAAUUGGAAUCCGAAUUAUUCUAGAUUUCGUUCCAAACCACACUAGUGAUAAGCAUAAGUGGUUUCAACUUUCCGUUGCUGGACAUCCGUACUAUCGUGAUUUUUAUAUUUGGGAAAAUGGAACAGUUAAUGCUGAGACUGGAGAACGUCAACCACCAAACAAUUGGCUUGGCUCGUUCCGUUAUAGUGCCUGGGAGUGGAAUGAUCAGCGUCAACAAUAUUACUUGCAUCAAUUCGGGGUAAUGCAACCUGAUUUAAACUAUCGCAACCCUGCUGUUGUUGAAGAAAUGAAGAAGGUUAUGCGGUAUUGGCUAGGAAAGGGUGUAAGUGGUUUCCGUAUAGAUGCAGUACCAUUUUUGUUUGAAUACAUUGAUGAAAAUGGUAAAUUUCCUGAUGAACCAGUGACAACGGAUCCAAAAUGUCCCGAUCCUGAUGAUUAUUGUCAUCUCCAACAUAUUUACACUAACAAUCAGCCCGAGACGUUUGAUAUGGUUUACCAAUGGCGUGAAUUGGUUGAUAAUUGGAAAAAGGAACACGGUGGGGAAACAAAAGUCCUUCUGACGGAGGCGUAUACAAGUUUUGAUAACUUGAUGAAACUGUAUGGCGACGGAAUUCGUAAUGGAUCGCAUGUACCAUUUAAUUUUGAAUUUUUGAACACAAUGAACGCAAAUAGCACAGCAAAAGACUUCCGUUAUCAAAUCAACAGGUGGCUUCAAACAAUGCCAAAAGGAGUUUACGCCAAUUGGGUUUUGGGUAACCACGACAAUAAAAGGUUAGCCUCUCGCCUUGGACCAGCUCGAACAGACUUGUUGAAUAUUUUACUGCAGACUUUGCCAGGAAUUGCUGUGACUUAUAAUGGUGAAGAAAUUGGCAUGACUGAUGGACCAAUUUCUUGGGAAGAUACCGUUGACCCACAAGGAUGCAAUGCAAACCCGGAUAAUUACAACAGUUAUUCUCGUGAUCCAGCUCGCACACCUUUCCAGUGGAAUUCAUCAAAGAAUGCAGGUUUCAGUAGUGCACCCAAAACAUGGCUUCCAACAAAUGAUGAUUACAUAACCAAGAAUGUUGAAAAUCAGCUUUCUGCACCUCGUAGUCAUUUGAAGAUUUUCGCAAAAGCAUUGAGUUUGAGGCAUGUUCCAGCGUUUGAAGAAGGCGAUUUUAAAAUUAAGGCUCCAACAAAUGGAAUCUUGGUUUAUAAGAGAGAAAAAACUGACAGUGAUUGCUAUGUUAUUGUCUUGAACCUUGGAAAGCAGGAUAAAAAAAUUAAUUUAGACGAUUUCUUCAAUAUUGGUGGCGGAAAUGUUGAAGUUGUUACAGCAUCAAUACAAUCAACAUUGCAGGACGGAGAAAUUGUCGAUUCACAGGAUAUUAUCAUUGAAGGAUCUGUUGGUGCUAUCUUUAAAGUUAUUAAAUAAUACAACUAAGCAAAAAAUCAAAUUAUGUCAUUUCUGAUACACUAUAAGUGUUUGCUUUGAAAAUGAAA